AUGUCCUACCUCCUCCCCCAUCUCCGCAACGGAUGGGCCGUGGACCAAGCGAUUCUCUCCGAAGAGGACCGCGUCGUCGUCAUUCGAUUCGGUUCCGACGCCGACGACACGUGCAUGCGCAUGGACGAGACGCUGGCGGGAUGCGCGGAUAAGAUUAAGAACUUUGCGAUCAUCUACGUGGUGGACAUCACAGAGGUGCCGGAUUUCAACGGAAUGUAUGAGCUGUAUGACCCGUGCACGGUGAUGUUCUUCUUCAGAAACAAACACAUUCAGAUUGAUCUUGGGACGGGAAACAAUAACAAGGUGAACUGGGCAAUGGAUGAUAAGCAGGAGUUCAUCGAUAUCGUGGAGACGGUGUACACGGGGGCGCGCAAGGGACGGGGUCUGGUGGUGUCGCCGCGAGAUUACUCCACCAAAUAUCGGUACUGA